AUGCUUCACCUGUCCGUCCUGUUACUCCUCGUUUUCCCUGCUGCGCUCUUUGUGGGCGCGCAAAGCGCAGGAGACCUCCAGGGUUUCACGUUCUCCGGAGGAAGCGCCAGUGUCGACCAAACAGACCCCUGCCUGGUGGUGUCUCCACAAUGUAUGAGUGAGGCGGAUCGCUACAGCCUGGAAGCCUUGCGGAGCAUCCAUCACAUGAUGGACGAUGACCAAGAUGGUGGGAUUGAGGUGGAGGAGAGUGUGGAGUUCAUCAUCGAAGACAUGAAGCAGCAGCAGACUAACAAACACAGCAACCUGCACAGAGAAGACCAACACAUCACAGUGGAGGAGCUCUGGAAGGGCUGGAAGUCAUCUGAAGUACAUAACUGGACUCAAGAUGAGGUGCUUCGCUGGCUGAAGGAGUUUGUUGAGUUGCCACAGUAUGAGAGAAACUUUAAAGACUUUAAGGUCAAUGGAAACACACUCCCUAGGAUUGCAGCUAAUGAACCUUCCUUCCUGAGCGGCCAGCUGAAGGUUCAAGAUCAGAGAGACAAGCAGAAGCUCAAUAUCAAAGCUCUAGAUGUUGUUCUGUUUGGACCACCUACNNGUCCUCCUCAUAAUUACAUGAAGGACCUGCUGCUAAUCGUAUCAGUGGUGAUGGGAGUUGGAGGCUGCUGGUUUGCUCAGGCCCAGAACAAAGCGAGUAAAAUCCACAUAGCCAAGAUGAUGAAAGAUUUGGAAAGUCUGCAGAGAGCUGAGCAGAGCCUCAUAGAGCUACAGGAGCAACUGGAGCAAGCUCAGCAAGAGAAGCGUAAUGUUGCAGAGGAGAAGCAGAACCUGGAAGAGAAGAUGAGGGAUGAGAUCAUGGGAGCGCAGGAGGAGGCUUAUCGUUUGCACGAGCUGAGGCAGGGAGCAGUCAACAAGCUCACUCGCCUCCGAUAUGCAGAGGAAGAGCUAGAGCAGGUCCGUGGAGCACUGAAGCAGGCAGAGAAGGACAUGCAGGACAGCUGGACUGUUUCAGAGGUCCUUCAGCAGUGGCUGCAGCUGACACAUGAGGUUGAGGUCCAGUUCUACAGUAUCAAAAAGCAAAGUGCAGAACUACAGCUUGCCAUCGCCAGGGAAGAGGCAGAGAGGAUUAAUAAGAAGAGGAAUUCUGUUCUGGGGACUCUCCAUAUUGCCCACAGCUCCUCUCUAGACCAGGUUGACCAUAAGAUAUUAGGGGCAAAGAAUGCCUUGUAUGAAGUAACUGCCUGCCUACGGGAGCGCCUCCAUCGCUGGCAACAGAUUGAGUGCCUCUGUGGCUUCCCCAUCAUCAGGAAUCCUGGCCUAGCAAACCUCACUGCUCAGCUCUACUCAGAUUCUAUUGCUCUGGGAUUUCCCCGAGUUCCCCAGUCAUCCUAUUCAUGGCAUAGGUCUGUCCAGGGAUCUAUAGAGGAUCUGUUAGAGGAGUCUGCUUCUCCAGUCUUGCCGCAGAUGCCAGUUCCGGUUCCACCACUGAAGCGUUCACCACGAACACGGGGAUCCACCAUAUGUCUGUCACGCCGUGCCGGCAUGAUCACUCAGCCACAAGCUGCCAUGGUCUCUCCUGAUCCUCUCAUACCCAUCCGAACUCCUUACCCUUGCUUUGAUGAGAAAGAGGGGCUUUUCCUGAAACCUCUAAAGAAACAAGACUCUCAAGAGAGGUUCUCAGACACAGAUUAUAUACCUUCAUCUCCUCUCAGCAAAAUGUUCCCUAGUCCUACGUUUGAUACAUCCUCUCAAAAACUACAUCAAGAUGAAGCUGAACUGCUCGCAGACAGCUCCAUUACAAAGCCUUUGAGAAAAGAAGUAGAACUGCCCAUUCAUGAACCUUCUAUAGAAGACCUUGAAACUUCUGUAGAUCUUGCUUGCUGGAAAAUGGCAAAAGACAAAGUGUUGGAUUCCUCUCUGGAAAAUCCUUUGAAAAUGAGCAAAGAAGAAUCUUUUCUAGUUAGAAAGGGACAUUCUGCUGAGUUGGAUGCAGAAUUUCCAGCCAGGAAAGUAGAGAGAGAUAUGAUAGGGGAUUUGGUGGACACUGCUUCUCGGAAUAUAUACAGAGAUAAAGGUGAUUUAUCACUGGAUGUGAGAAAAAGUCUUUGGAACGAAUUAGAAGCAUCAACAGAUGUGGCGCCAAGGAAUAUAUCAAGAGAUAUGAAGGGAACUUUGAUGGACAGCGUCUCAAGAAAGAUGAUACAUGAUGAUGUUGAACCUCCUUUUGAUUCACUAUCCAGAAAGAUUACAAGAGAUUCAAUGGGAACGUCCCUAGACACAUGUUCAAGACAGCUUCCAUGGACUAAAGGAGAAUGCCAGCUCGAUUCCUCUGUAAGGGCAUUAGCAAUGGACAAAAAGGUUGAGACUGCCAGAACACCACCAAGAAAGAUAUCUAGAGAUGAACUAGAGUAUUCUACAUAUAGUGCUUCCCCAAAGAUGCUACCCAGGGCAAUAUCUGAAGCACUUAGGGAUACCACUACAGAGAAGCAAGAGUUUGGUUUAGAACCGUCAACAAGUAGGAGGAUACUAAGAGAUGAACACGAGAUGUCUGGUGGUUCUCUCAGAAGGAGAAUGCCAAGAAUGCCAAGAGAUGACAUUGAUAGUUCAAUAGACAAUCCAACAGAAAAAGUGUCCUGGAAUAGAGUUUAUAUUCCAAUGGAAUUACCUAAACAAUCAGUACAGAGGGAGGAGGUGGAAGCAUCUGAAUCAAGUUUAUCUCCAAGUCGAACUGAACAGCCAGACCUUACAGUAACCUCCCAUGUGCCACAGAAGUCAUCAUCAGAUCUUUUUAGUGCCGGUCACUUGAGUCAGCUUGUAUAUGAUGGAAUCCUUGAGAAGUCGUACACCUCUAUGGCAACAACGCCAACCACCCUCUCUGCAUCAACAUCUAACCUGCCCCAGAGCAGGGUGUUUGAAGAGGCGGAGCCACCACAGCUACUACCAAGGGCUAAAUUCCCAUCUCCUGCAUCAUCCCCUGAGACAGGUGAUGAGGGAAACAAGGAUAAGGAACCAAGAAAGACCAGGAGAUCCUUGAAGCUCAAAAAUCUUUUUAAAAAGAAAAAUGAACCAUCUCCAGAAAAGCCUCAAAGUGGUCUUCAGAAGCUUUGACAAUUAGCUUACUUUAAUUAUAUUUAAGAUUUUAUUGAACCAGAAAACUGAGUAUCAUAACUUAUCAUAUCUGGUAGUGGUUGUGACAUAAUUUUGCCUAAAGCUGGGCAUUUUCAGAGCCUGUGGCAUCUGGAGCACGGACAGAAACAUGAUACAUACAGUACAGCCCAUGAUGUCUAAUGUUGCCUGUAAACUAUGUCAACAGUACAUUUGGGCACAUUUAACACAACAGAAAGUUG